AUGUCAUCUGAAGACAAUAAGAAAUUAUGUUCAAAGCAUAACUUAGAAAUUUUGGUAAUAGAGUUUAAAUAAUCUAAUGUUGAUGAGGGAUGUAUUAAGUGCCUAAUGGAAAAAUUUGAUACUUAAAACAUUUUUUUAGUAUAGGAGACAAAAAUAAUGAUACAUUAAAUGAAAAGUGAUAUAUUGGACAAAAAGGUCAAAUAGUAUUUAACAAUGAUUGAAACUUAUUAAAAAAUUCAAUCCUUAAUAAAAGAAUUAAGUUUAUCAAUCACCAAAACUUUACACAAAGUUGAAUUUAACUUAUCUUCAAAAAUACAACUAAUAAAUGAUGAACUGAAGAAUUCGAAACAAAAUAUAUAAGUUUCAUCUUUUGAAGAAGACAUAAAAGUGUUGUUGAAGAAUUAAAAAGGACCAUUUAGUUUUGAAGUUCCUAGUGAAUUUUUAAUACCUAUUAAUGAUAAUACCUACAUAGAAUCAAUAUAAUAGUAGUUGUAAUCAAUAAUUAAAUGUCCUAUUUUUACUAAAAUCAUUGAAACAUUAUAAAAAUUAAAAGUUAAAGAAGACCAUUUAGAAAUUAAUUAAGUCUAAUAAAUCUUUAAUAAUUAGGAAUACCCAUAAGUAAUUUUCAACUUAUAUAUUAUAUAGAAAAAACAAGGUUUGAAUAUUUAAUGUAAAAAACAUGGAAAAGAUAUUAUUAUGUUUAAUUUAAAUCCUGAAAAAACUGAGCUUUCAAGAUUGGUUUGUGUGGAAUGUAUAUCAUCUAAUGAUCCAAUCAAAUAUACAACAUUAAGUGAUACUAAUUAACAAUGGAAUGAAUAUCUGGAAUAGACGAAUGAUAAUGUUUAACAAUUUUAGAAUAAAAGAUGUUAAAAUUAAACAUAAAUCAUUAAGAUUCUUGAAGAAAUUAAAGAAAAACAUCUUUCUACAAUUUAAGACAUUAUGAAUAAGAUUAAUAUUAAGUUCUCAACGAAUUAAAAAAAUGAGUCUAAAUAGAUUAAUAAAAAUAGUAUCUAUGAUAUGAAUAGUGAAUAACUUAAUGGAUUAGCUAAAAUAUUAAGCAAUAAAGAUAAAUUUUAUGAUUUAACUGAAAAGAAAUAUAAUAUUUAGAAAGAAAACUAUAAUUAAUUGGAAAUCAUAUCAACUAGUUUUGGAAAAUUAUAAAAAAAAAGAUUAAAGGCAACUAAUAAGAUUAAUAAUAUUUUUAAGGAAUAAAUUAUCAAUAUUAUAGAAGAUUAAGUUUUAAAUGAAGAAGAAGAUGAAAUUUCUAAUUUGCAAUCAAUUAAGUAACUUGAUUUAUAACUAAAGAUUUUAAAAAAAUUUUAGGAUAUCUUAUAAGAAGCGUAAAUAUAGUAUGAAUCAGUAAUGCAAAAAAUCAAUAUUUUAUCAAAUUAAUUUAAAAAUUAGCAAUUGUAGAAAGUAAAAAUUAAAUAAUAAUAAUUAGUUUAAUGAAUAUAUAUCAUAGUUUGAAAAAGAUUUUUCAAUAAUAAAAAAACUAACAUGUUUUGAUCAAAUAGAGGCAGAACUUAACCUACUGAAAGAAAAUAAAAAAAUAAGAUUAAUUAAACCCACAGAAAAAGAAAAGAUAAUUUUAUAAUAGUAAUAAAAAAUAAUUGAUUUUAACAAACAUUAAGAAGAAUAAAGAUUAAAAAUUUUAGAUUUAAAAAAUGAAAAGGAAGCAUUAAAAGCUAAACUUAAAUAGCUUGAGUAAUCAAGUAAAAAUUAAAUUUUAAUUAAAUUCUCGUAGAAAUUAAAAUUGAAGUUAACCAUGAGGAGAAGCAAGAAGGGUAUGAAAGAUGCUCAUAACCAAAUUAGAAUAAUGAGGAAAUAGUAAAAUAAUUAUAACAAACUUUGGUAUGUAAAAUUUAUAUUUGAAGAACAUGCCAUAUAAUUAAUUACUGACAUUCUCAAAAACUUACAAACAUAGUAAUUGUUAAGUAACUUAAAAUGGAAAAGUUAGUGAGAAUAAUUCUGGUAAUUGGUAUUGUUGUAUGUGUGAUUAAAUGAUCCCUAAGAAUGGAGUCAUCUAAUUUGCUUUUAAAAUAAUUGAAGUUACUUGUAUUAUGAUUGGAAUUGGUUUUAGGGAUAUUGUAUAGAGUAAAGGUUAUUAUAAUUGUUUUGGAAUUGGAGGAGGGUAUGUGUUAUGAUAUUAAUAGUUCAAAUAGAACAUAUAAUAUACAUAAUUCUAGCUAUUGUUGUAAUCAUGAUUAAUAAGAUAAAAAUGAUAAAAAAAUAGCAUUUCCUUUUUAAAAAAAUGAUACUAUUAUUGUUGAGGUAGAUAUCUAAAAUCAGUAUGUAAAAUGGAUAAAUUCAUCAACAAAUCAAUCUUUUGUAUCAAUAUCAAAAUAUUAUUAUUAGACUCUGAUUAUUGACACAUCCAAAGAUUUGUAUCCAUGUGUGCAUUUCUAUAAAAGAUGUAAAAUAGAAAUUAUUUCUUGA